UUGUUGCCUUGCCUUAAAAUUCAUCAUUUUUUCCCCUCUUUUGCAUGUAAAACUCCAUAUCCCCCAAGAAAUACACAAAAUAGGCAUUACCUUAACAAUUUCCUCUCUUUCUUCCUCUCCUAAUUAGGCAGCGCUAAGCUCCUUUAUUAAGAAGAUCAUUCAAAUAUUGACUAGAGGAAGAAUUUCACUUGGUAGGGAAGGUGUUAAGGAAAAAAAAGUAAAAAAAAAGAUUUUUUUUUUCUUAUUAAUUAAGUAACUGCUAUAUUACUGUAAUCAAUAAGUUUUUUUUUUUUCUUUUUGAAAAAAAAAUAAUAUAAAGAGGGGAGACUAUAUUUUGUUUAAGCAGCAGAGGAAGGAAGAAUAGAGCAAAAUCCUUAAUGGACAAUCUUUUUGGUCUUUUAAGGAUCAAAAUUAAGAGAGGCAUAAACCUCGCUGUACGUGAUGUCCGCAGCAGUGAUCCCUAUGUUGUUGUCAAAAUGGGUAAACAGAAACUGAAGACACGAGUUAUAAAGAAGGAUGUUAAUCCUGAAUGGAAUGAAGAUCUUACCCUUUCUGUUUCAGACGCAAAUCUUCCUGUUAAGCUGACUGUAUACGAUCAUGAUAUGUUCAGCAUGGAUGACAAAAUGGGAGAUGCAGAAUUUGAUAUCAAACCGUUUUUAGAUGCUCUGAAAAUGAACUUAGAUUCCCUCCCAUGUGGCACAGUGAUCACAAGAGCAACGCCGUGUAGGGCAAACUGUCUGUCUGAAGAGAGCAAAGUGACAUGGCAAGACAACCAAGUUGUGCAAGAUAUGUGCCUGAGAUUGAGAAACGUGGAAUGUGGAGAGGUCGAACUCCAACUUCAGUGGAUCGACAUUCCUGGCAGCAAACGUUUAUAGAAUGCACACAUCCAGUUGCUGUCUUCUGUUGUUUAUUGUAAGCUGCUUCGCCCCACAUCCCUUCUAACUCUUCAUGAUAUAAUCGAGUUUAACAUAUAUAGGCCAAAAUUGAUAAAUAUGCCUUUGUACUCCACACUACAGAAGGUCUGCACUCUGCACCUUAGUAAAAUGUGAUUUGAAACAUUCUAUAUUUUGUGUAGUAAUUUGCUGGAAUUGUUUUAGUUAUAUAUAUGGAGCUACAGAUUAUAUAGUUUAGUUAUACUGCUUA